AUGUCUGAUCAAACAGAUGCUGGUCACUAUCCAGACACCUCGAAGGGAAUUAAAGGACGGUUCUCUUGGGUCAAAAGACUUAUCCAGUCAAGAAGCAAUUCCUCAUUCGCUAUGGCGAAUCAUAGGAGGGUGAGCUCAACCAAUAAGCAUCAAGUCAAAAUCAACCAUGAGAGACACAGAGAUGAGAAUCAAGUUCCAACACCUGUUUCAUCAAACCCAAUCAACAGUUCACACUCAAGAGGGAAUGAUAGAACAGUUAUCACUGAUAGGUCAAAUGGCACACCAGUAACCAGUCAAAAUAGAAACCUUGUGACACGUUUUGAUUUGAGUCCAGAAACUGAUAAUAGUUUCGACGUUGAUCAAUCCCUCAACCAAUCUAUGAAAACAUCAUCAAAGACUCCAUCUAUUGCACAUGAAAGUAUCAACACUAGAAACGACAAUAUAAGUACACUGCCUGUGAUCUCAAUGUCUACGGUCUCUGUGAGGUCAUCAACAUUUUCAGAGAAUUCUCAACCAUCAACUUCAGGCACAGUAUUAUCGGACCAUCCCACACUCUACACAAAUGCUAGUACCGUGGGAAUACCCCCAGCUAGUAUCAUGGAUAGAAGAGAAAGAUUGCAUCAUCCUGUGAGCCUCAAUAACUAUCAUUUAACGGGCCAUAACAAUUCCAGCCAUACUAUCAACACAUCUACAUCUCCAACAUCUGCUAUACCCAACGAAUAUGGAACUGAUAUUUCUUCUUUGAAGUCAUAA